CCUAUUUGAUCGGAUUCAGCAAGUUCUGCUACCAUUUCCUGCCUUCCUGUAGUAUGGGUCAUUUCUCCUGCUGUGGAGUCUCUCUAUUAUAAGGAUUGUUCAAAUAGCGGAUCUGGUUCUACUAUUCUUCACUGAAUGAUAUGAUGAUCAGCACAGUCUCCUUCCGUGAUUAAUCUGUUCAACUUUCAUCACAAUCCAUAUUUGUGAUAAAACCUGAGAGCUAAAAAGAUUUAAACUUGAUAUCAAGGACAUUUAUUGUGAUACUUCAACGACUACCAGUAAAAAAUGUCAGGAUUAAUUUCAACUUGAAUAGCUAUACAAUUGCAUCGACUUUACACCAAAUUCUCUGCUUGCAUUAACCAUGUCACGUAUGGAAGGUUAGGACAGAAAAUUCUCUCUUAUAAGGAUAUGAACAGGCUGCAAAAAGAAUACACUACCGUCAACACCUAGCUCACACUUCAUGAGACAAACUUUGAUACGAGUUAGAAGCAACAAACGCAACAUGGGUAAGAUUCCAGGCUACUUUGUCCUUCUUUACCUGGUGAUUCUCCAAGCAGCUUGGUUUGCAUCGUCUGUUCAGAUGUUCACAGGGAUAGCAGAAGUAAUGACUGAAGAAUCCAAUCAUUCUGUCACAGAUAACUUUGUUCAAAAUAUUGGCACUUCUUUAGAAAGCGUCCUAUCUGGAGAUGUUGACAACGUAAGGCUUUGGCAGAAAGGGAUGGCUGACUAUGGCUAUGAUGGCCAAGUAACGAUCUCCUUUACAGGAUAUUUUGACGAGUUUGAAACAGUUCCCGUUUGCCUAGGAAAUAAUACAUUUUACUACGGGGAUCAGACUUCAAAUCUAAGCUAUUCCAUUAUUUCUGUAUCCAUGCAAAAUUUUCGAAAAGAUUUUGAUAAACAGUGCACAGAUAACAACAAUUACAUUGCAUAUGUUGAAUACUUUGCAGAGGACUGUCAAUAUAAGAUGCUGGAGUGUGAGUCGAAUCAUGCUUUACAUCAAUUGUUUAGAUUUGACCUCUUUGGACGUGGGUCAAUUCUAUACAGUUUUUACUGCAUUUAUGCAGAUGCUAAUAACAGGAUGGAUAACUCGUGCCCUUCUUCUAGCGAUUGGUUGGCACUGGAAUGGGAGCAGGAGGAAGAUGGUAACUGUAGUAUAAAAAGAACAAUAGUCACUGAUUUUUUACCUCCCUUUGCUUUUAUCGCUAAUGAUGAUUUUGACGAUCCAGUCCGUAUCGACACCUUGUCGUUCAUCUUAUACUGCCCAACGGUAUUUUUUGGACCACCAAUUAUCCUCUUGUAUGGCGAUCAGACGUGGGACAAGAUUCCAGAGUGGUUGCAGAUGUGUCUUCGAGUCCUCAACGGUGUUUCUUUAGCUGCACUUCUCUGCUGCCUGCUCACGUUUGUCAUGUUCAAAGAGCUCCGUAACACCCAUGGUAAGAAUGUCCUGAGCCUUGUAGUUGCAGGGUUGCUGUCUCUCUUUUACACAUCAGGGUACAUCCCACUUGAAACUGAUAAUCCUCAACUCUGUGUUUUCUUAGCUACUCUCAUUUACUACUUUGUACUUGUACCAAACUACUGGUGGACGGCUGUUGCUAUUUUCCUGGCGUGGACACUUGGCAGGAAAGGUAUUCAUCGCGUCGAUGAAGAUUCUGAAAGCCGCUUAUUCCUUCUCCUCUCUCUCUUUGGAUGGUGCGUACCAUUGCUGUUUUCUCUCCUAGCCGUCUUUCUGCACAUUGGAGGCAUCAAGAUCUAUGACAUCGACGAAUACUGCUGGAUUGUAGAUGGAUGGCCUAAUUAUCUUUUAGCGGUACAAACUGCAGUACCCUUCCUCGUGGACUGUUUCUUGUUUGUUUUGGUGCUUUACAGAUUGAGAGCCACACGACAAGAGUUAGCAUCACUUAACUCGAGAGGAAAGUCAGAUUGGAGGAAUGACCGUCAGAUAACAAUAAAGAUAGCGGGAAUAUUUGGUGUCUUCUGGCUUCCGUCUUGGAUCAUCUACGUGGCUUUCCUGUUCAAACCCAUCACUAGUCUAGCCAUCAUCGCUCAGCUUCUGAACCAACUCUCGGCCUUCAUCCUACCAAUCGUGCUGUGUUGUAACAAACGAGUGGGUGGCCUCUGGAAGACCAAAUUGGCGCCAUUUAGGGAUCUUCUCAUCACUUCAUUUUCACCAAGUAGCAGCGAUUCUCACAACAAUCAAUCAGACCCAAUGCAGGGUAAACCUUGCGUUCAUAAGAAUGGGGCUCUAAUAGACAGCAAGGGAAUACUGCUCCAUGAAAUAGACGCAAAGAAGUAG